CACAACACAAAUAACGGACCGAAGAUCUCUCCGUCUGUAACCGUUAACGGACACAAAUUUAGAUAACGAUGUGAUUUAUCAUUAUCAGAAACGUUAUGUGAGCGUCAGUGUGUGGCCAACAGGGAGACGAAUAUGCUGCUCACCGAUGUAAAAAUACACUGAAUUUCUGUUUGUCUGUGUCCUCCUCUGAUCCGUGUCCCCAGUCAGUGAGAUGUCUCUGGCUCAGAGGGUUUUGCUGACCUGGGUCUUCACCCUGGUCUUCCUCAUCAUGCUAGUACUCAAACUGGAUGGGAAGGUGCAGUGGAACUGGUUCCUCAUCUUCCUCCCAGUCUGGGUCUUUGAUGGCAUCCUCAUCCUCAUGCUUGCCAUUAAGAUGGCAGGCCGUUGCAAGCCUGGGUACGACCCUCGCAACGGCUCCCCAGAUCUGCGUCUACGUGCAUGGUACUUGACGGCCAUGCUGCUUAAGCUGGGCUUCUGCCUGACACUGUGUGCCAAGCUGGAGAAGCUGGCUGAUGUAAAGCUGACGUUUGUGUGCAUACCACUGUGGACCAUGUUACUGGGAGCGCUGGUUGAGCUGGGGCUCAAUAUCUUUCCUGAGAGGAGAGAGGCCUGAGGGGGCUCAAACUGCUGUAUUAAAACCUCAACAUGAAUCGUUACACCAACAAGACUUAUGUAAAUGUUUGUACGACCAUUACUUUGUGAAACUGGGGCCUUUUUGUUUGGCCUGAUCGUUUCCAGAGAGGACUGAGACUCCGGAAGGAAUCAAAUCAUCAUCUGAUAUGUUGGAUCUUAAGAAUAAUAGACUUUGUGUAACAAUAGAAAUCAUAUGUGUUCAGAUCUAAGUGAAGUUUGCUGUGAGGGUUUUAGCAGAGCUGGGACUCUGCUGUUUGUGUCAAAGAAGAGCUGCUUGUAAAUCCGUCACAAACAGUUCAUUACAAAAAAAAAAAAAAAAAAUCAGAACAGCUCAAAAAUGGCUCAAUUUUCUUUAC